AUGGGGAAGGUGUGUCCAAUUUGUGGUCCAAAACUAUCGGCUUUCUGGUAAGGAUUAUGGAUUUUUUUCAGAGAUUUGGAUUUUAGAUAAAAAUUUGAUCUAAAACUGUAUUGUUACAUUGCUUUUUGAGAUAAAAUUAAUAAUAUUAUUUUAGCAUGAUUAUGUCCGUAUGGGGAGUUAUAUUUCUGGGCCUGCUUGGACUUUUCUUUUACAUGAACGCCGUCACAUUGUUCCCUGAUUUGACUGUGGAGAAGCUCAGUGUAAAGUAAGUUUAUUUGCUUUGUUUUAUCAUUUUUAGGUAACCUUUAAAAGAAUAUUGUUCGUAUAAACUACUCUAUGGUUUAUUAAAGCUUUAUAAAAAGAUUCUCACCUCAAAUAAUAGUCAAGUCAGUAAACUUUAUAUGACCAAAAGUAUAUUAUACUCGUUAUAUUUCUAAUAGAUAAUCAUUUAUUUAUUGAAAACUCUUUGGCCGUUUUGCAACACUAUUAUUUUAGUAACUCUUGUUAUGUGUUGAAAGUUUUAAAGUGUAUCUUACAUAUCUCAACUUACAUAACUUUUUUUGAUUAAUUAUGUUGCACUUGAUCAAUAAUUGUAAAAUUAACUCUUUUUUUAUUUUUUAGCUAUUGAAGUUUUGCAACUUUAUAAUGUUUUUGAUUCUGUGAAUGUUAUUUUACACAUACAUCUUUUAACGUCUUUGUUAUGAUUAAUUUUAUAUUUUCCAUACCUCGUUUCAGAGACGUUGAAGACAAAUACUCCGAAAAAGCGAUGCAAUGCUGGAUUGCCGCUGGGAUGUAUUUAGUGACACUAAUAGUUGUCUUCUGGCAAAACCGCUUCAACUCCACCUCCAUCUUUUGA